AAAGCUGAAAUAAUGGGUCUCAUAGCACUAAGCAUGGACAAGAAGUAGAGAAGAGUUGCAGUAAUUAUUCUUGCUCUUACAAGAGAUUAAGCGGCGGCAGAAGCGGAGGGAGGCAGAAUGGCGGAGGUAAUCUCAACGGCAACCAGCAAAUCGCGACGACCCCAAUCACCAUGGUUCUCCCUCUCGUUUUACCCAAGGGCUCGGCUCCUCUAGCUUCCGAUGCGAAGACCCACUCCCGUCGGAACCUCCAGAACAACCUUCCCAAUGCUCGCAUGGGUCUCAACGACAGUCUUUUUUUUGAACGGUGAAAUUCAAUUAAAAUUAGCUUAUGGAAUUGAUCGGCUUUGGAUCGGAACUCCUCCGCAUGUUGCUGGUGGAUACAGGAAGUACUACUGUAAACAAUGCCGCAAUCGCCGGUGGAAGCUACGGUCAAGCCCGCCGAGAAGAACCAGAGAUCCAACUGAUGGUCAAGCUUCGCCGUCGAAACAAAAAAGGAAGCCGAAGGUUUCGCCGCUACUAUGGCCGAAGAGAACUAGAGGUUCCCAGAUCUCCUUGCUGUUGUUGCCGGGUGAACCAGGGUCACCGGAACUGGUCAAGUCGCCGAUCGUCGUUGAAGUUGGGAAGGCAGAGUUGCUGCUAUUGUCGUCUCCAACACCUGCUGUUGGUGGUGGCUUCGCCGGUCAGCUACUGCCGUCAACAAGAAAGAGGGAGGAAGAGAGGGGAAGCCACCACCGCCGAUCACCUCCAUCUUCACCGUCGACCAAGGGAGAGGGAAAGAAGAUGAUGCCGAUGGCUGCUGGUCACGCCCCAGGCGAGAGAGAAGAGAGACGGAGGCGACUGCUGUUUUGGGUGUUAUAAUGACAAAAAUGCCCUUCAAUUGAACGGAGAGAUAACACCAAUUUUAACGGUGGACUAA